AUGACGCCAUCGAUGUACAUGGGGCGUGUUGAAGAAGUACCACAAGAUCAACUUGUAGUCAGGAAUAACGAGUAUCUUGUGCCGAUCGCUCAUUUUGAUAAGGAUCCAGGACGAAUGUUUGGCGUUCCAUUCUUCUUAAAGGUCUCUAAUGACGAGUUACUGUCCAGCGUUCGAGAGCGUAUCCAAGCUAGACUAGAAAUUCCGGAGAAGGAGUACGAGAAGUAUAAAUUUGCGCUAAUCUCGUCCUCUAGGGUUGUGAGGUAUCUUGACAUGACUUCGAAUGGGAGGGUGAACCUGGCUGAGCUUGGUCAUGCUCAUGUCGCAUCACUAGCAACAUCGCCAUAUCUUGGCCUCGAUCACAUGAACAAGUCUCGUGGAGUUCGUGGAUCACAUGCUGCAGAGAAAGCUAUAGUUAUCCAUAACUAA